GGCCGAUACGCGGACGGCGGCGGCGGCGGCGAGCAGCGACCACGUCGGCAGGAGAGGCAGCGCCGCGCGCAGCCGGAGAUGGCCGCCGGCGCCGGGAAGAGCCUGGACCUCCCCGUGGUGGACCUCGCGUCCUCCGACGUCGGAGCUGCCGCCGAGUCCAUCCGAAAGGCGUGCGUGGACUCCGGAUUCUUCUACGUGGUCAACCAUGGGGUCGAGGAGGGAUUGCUGGAGAAGGUGUUCGCGCAGAGCAGGAGGUUCUUCGAGCUGCCGCUGGAGGAGAAGAUGGCGCUGAGGAGGAACAGCAACCACCGGGGAUACACCCCGCCCUACGCCGAGAAGCUCGACGCCUCCUCCAAAUUCGAAGGAGAUCUCAAGGAAAGUUUCUAUAUUGGGCCUAUUGGAGAUGAAGGUUUGCAGAAUGAUGCUAACCAGUGGCCUUCUGAAGAGCGCUUACCAAGUUGGAAGGAGACAAUUAAGAUGUACCAUGCAACUGCACUGGCUACUGGCAAAAGGAUACUUUCUCUAAUUGCUCUGAGUUUGAAUCUUGACGUUGAAUUUUUUGAGAAGGUUGGUGCCUUCAACUGCCCGUCAGCAUUUCUUAGAUUAUUGCACUACCCAGGUGAAGUAGAUGACUCUGAUGUUGGCAACUAUGGUGCAUCAGCUCACUCAGAUUAUGGAAUGAUAACCCUUCUAGUAACUGAUGGCACUCCUGGUCUGCAGAUUUGCAGGGAGAGGGAUAAACACCCUCAGCUUUGGGAAGAUGUUCAGCACAUUGAUGGGGCCCUGAUUGUUAACAUAGGUGAUUUGCUUGAAAGGUGGACGAAUUGUAUUUACAGGUCUACAGUGCACCGUGUUGUUGCAGUUGGUAAAGAACGAUAUUCUGUGGCUUUCUUUCUUGACCCAAACCCUGAUUUAGUGGUCCAGUGCUUGGAAAGCUGUUGCAGCGAGGCAUGCCCACCAAGGUUCCCACCUGUAAAGAGCAGCGACUAUUUGAAAGAACGAUUGAGCGCGACAUACAAAUAGUCCUACUUUUUUACUGUUGUAAACCAUAAGAACUUAGGAUUAACUAAGUCGAAUUCUGAUUUGGCUGCUGUAGUGCUACAUGUCCCUGUUUCACUUGUAGGUAGCCGUGGAGCUAUCUUGGACCUGGGCUCCUUUGCUUUGAUGCUUGACUGUUUUCAUCAAAUAAUGUGAACUGGAUCUACAGGUGUUUUUCCAAAAACACGGAAGAUAACUUCACAUGGUCAAGCAGUGGAUCUACACGUCGUCAGUAACCGUGUGGAUACUGGUAACAUGUGCCACACGGCCAGACAUCGUUCUCCUUGUGCAUAUUUCUCCUGGCGUUUGUACGUGACCACAGUAGUCCAACAGUUUGGCGGUGUACUGUAACUCUGUAAAAUAAAAUCUGUAAUGAUGUGCCAUGCUCGAUUUGUCUCUCUACUGCUCGACACCUCCUGAACUUUAUGGUCACCCUGCGAGCUGUGGACUCUGGUGCUUGGACUAGUAUUCUUGCUGACUUCGUAAAG